AAGACCAAGAAUUCUAAUUUGUAAAUAAAAUAGAAACAUUCACACCACACAGCACGUACAUAUAUUUUUCUAUUUUGUACAAACAAAAUUAAAAAAUUGCAAUGAAUUUUAUUAACUUCGAGAGUUUACGCGACAAAGAAGUGGUUAGACAAGAGUUGCGAGAAGCAAGAAAUGAACUUUUACGUAGAGCUGAAAAAGAAGCUGAGAAAAGAGCAGAAAGAAAUGCAAAUAAAGAACUUCGUGGCGAUAAUAAAUGGAUUUUACCAUCAAUAUCAAAGAAAUUAAAAAAAAGCUCUAAAUCAGCGAAAAAAAAGAAAAAGAAGGAGUCCAAAAAACAAAGCAAGAAGUCGAAAAAAAAAUCCAAACACCAUAGUUCAUCUGACAGCGAGAGUAGCUCAGAUUCUGAAAGUGAUGAAACCGAAAGAAGAGAAAAGAAAAGAAAGAAAAAGAAAAAACGUGAAAAGCAAAGUUCUAGUCCCAGCAAUACUUCCACGAGCGAUUCAGAUGAAUGGGUUGAAAAAAAAGUUGAAGAACCCAAUUCAUCAAAAACCAAUAACAGCAUACCAUUAAUUAGAGAUGAAUGGAUGACAAGUGGUGAUUUGUUCAUGAAAACAUAUAUAAAAGAAAAAAAAGAAGUAAAAAAGAAGUCUAUUGAUGAGUAUAAUCCGGCAACAAGCUCAAGAGAGUUAAAUCCACAUUGGAAAAAUGAUGGUGAUGGGUUACCUGCGUUCCAAAAACCAUCGGACGAAGACUUCAUGUUUAAAAAGGAAGAGAAUAAAUAUAAAAGUGGUUGUUUCGCUACAGGUGGUUGGAAGAAAGGUGAUCGCUCCAACACUCAAAUAUCAAGACGUGAUCAAACAUAUUUUAAUUCUACAGAAAAGCAGAUUAAAGAAAGAUCAACAGCAACGGGUUACUAUGAUAAACGAGAAAAUAGUGAAACAUCAAAAGCACGUGGACAAGCUCGUAUAAGCUCUACAGACAGAAGAAUUAAGGAAAAAUCUAAAUCCUCAAGUGAAGCAGAUGACGGUGAUAAUUGUGAAAGUAAUGAUGAAGAUCAAAAUUUUUUAACAGAUCAGCAGAUGAAUGAAAUUGCAGCCAAAAUAAUAAAAGCUGAAAUUAUGGGGAAUAAUGAGCAAGUACAAAAUUUAAAAGAAAAACUUGAAAAAGCCCACCAAAUAAGAGCCAAAAUAAAGAACACUUGCAAAAAAGAUGAACUCAACUUUAAAAAGAGGAAACAAAACGGAGAUGAACAUAUUUUGUUGACUGUUACAGAUAACCAAGGAAAUGUCCGACCAUUCCAGGGUUCAACGAAAGAAAUUGAUGAACGAAAUUCAAAAAAUAAACACAAGAAAAAAAUUGAAACACAUGCCGGUGGUAAGAGGAUUCGCUACUUUCCUGAUGACGAACGUUAUGAUAUAAAUCAAAUGUUCACAAGAGAAAGAGAAAUCAAGGGUGUUGAUUCUGACUUACAAUUUGUUGAAAUCGCUGGAAAAUCUAAAAAUCCAAAUGACGAUUUGGAUGAUAUUUUUGCUGAUUCAAUCAGAAUGACUUCGAAAGAUGAAGCCAAAAAACAAAAAGAGCAAGCCAUACAAGAAGCAGAAAGAUUGCAAAAAAUUCUUGAUGAUUGUGAUAAAUGCUUUAACACACCUAAGAUGCAACAAAAUUUAAUGGUUUCUAUGGGUACGUCUGUAUAUCUAUCACUGCCUUGGCAUGAAGGUUUACAACCGGGUCAUUGUUUAAUAAUACCAAUGCAACAUACAACAUGUUCAACACGACUUGACGAGGACGUUUGGAAUGAGGUUACAGAAUACAGAAAAGCUCUAACACGUAUGUUUGAAAAACAAAAUAAGGACGUUAUAUUUUUCGAAAUGGCACGAUAUUUAAAUCGAAGUCCCCAUAUGGUUAUUCAUUGCAUACCCUGUACAAAUGAAAUGGCGCCUUUCUUUUUUAAGAAAGCUAUACAAGAAUCCGAACAAGAAUGGUCUACGAAUAAACAAUUAAUUUCAUUAAAAGACAAGGAUUUAAGGAGAUCUAUACCCAAAGGUUUACCAUAUUUUUGGGUCAAUUUCGGUACAAGCUCUGGUUUUGCUCAUGUAAUAGAAGACCAAAGUCGAUUUCCGGAAAAUUACGCUCAAGAAAUUAUAGGAAAUAUGCUACAAUUAGACCCAAGAGUUUGGAGAAAACCCAGAAAAGAGCAUAAUUUUAUUCAAAAAGUUAAACAAUUUGCAGAUUGGUUCAAACCAUACGAUUUUACAAACAAAAGAUAGUUUAAAAAGAGAUUUAAUUAAAAAUUGGUAAAUUAAUAUGGAUUUAAGAAAGUUAUCUUAUGCGGUAUAAAUUGACCAUGUCGACGUUUUCAUGAAGUAAAGGAUAUGUGAAAAUUUAAAUAUGAUUAUGUGUAUAUUUAUGUCAUUCUUAGAUAAUUAACAAUCAAAAUAAUAAAGAAAAGCCAUAAUUUACAAACAAAUAUUCAUUACCUUUAUUUUUCAAAAUUGCACUACGAAAUUUUUUUUUAAUAACUCAACAUAUGAACAAAAUAUUUGAAACAAUGAGUAUAGUUUUGGAUGAAAUAUUUAUAUAAUGAAAAAACAACACUAUAAAAUGAUACUAGAGAGGCAAACUUUAAAUCAAGAUGAAUAAGAUAAUAUUUAGUAACUUUGAGUUUGUAUAUUUAAAUAAAAUAUAUACAUAUUUUCAAAACAAAAUUUUUAAAAAUUUUUGGCUAAAGCAUCUUCUAACAACAAUAAUGAGCAUAAAAAUU